AUGUUAUCAUCGCUCUCCCAACAAUCCCAUCCACGCAACGAUAUCGAAGCCGCUCGACCUCCCAAGAAAACUACACUCCCAUCACCACCGCGAUCCCAAGGUAAACUACGCAAAUCCAUCCCAAAUCUCGAACAUGAUUUCAAUCACCUGCACACGAAACACAGCCCGCAUCUGGGGGAAAAUCUGUUUUGGUACCAGAACUUCGCUGGUAGAUCGUCCACGGGGUUUCGGUUUAGGGAGGGCGAUGCUUUUGCGGGGUGUUUGAGGGGGUUGAGGGGAGCUUUGAAAGAGGGUGGUGAUGGUGGGAGUUAUUUGAAAUUAUGUAUCAUAAACACAAACCCCCUCCCGAAAUCUGUGCUCUCCCUCCUAGCACAAUGGCUCGCCGCGUCUAUCGGUCGACUCAACGGUGUGUUGGAGUUUCCUAGGUUUGCGAUUGGCAUGGAAGUUGAGAAUGCGUGGGGUGGGUUGAGUGAAUGUGCUUGUAGGAGUUUGGAGAGGCCUGAGGGGAUUGGGGAGGUAGAGCGUCUUUCGACGCUAGAGAUGAGGGACCGGGUUUUGGGCCAUGGUGUCGUGUGUGGGUGUAGGAGUUCUCAAGUUGGCGAGCAGAAAUCGAGGUCAAGGGUUGCGAUUGCACUUCCUUCGCAAGGUCGUGAUGAGUCGUCUUCAACAGCGAAAGCACAACUCAUACAAUGCUCUCGGAUUUUCGACCGGUGCACCGCGUCGUUCAGUUUCACCUGGCACCGUUCAGCGCCACGGUAUCGCGGUGGGCUUGAGGCGUUUACGUGGCAGGAAUGGACGAGACCGCCGAGGGGGUGUUGGGGGGAGGUGUUUUAUCAGGAUGAUCGCGCUUCCCCUGGAGCACGCCGGGUGCUUAUGACGGUGAAUAACGGCGAUGAGACUGCGAGUUUGGUGGGGGAUUUGAAAAAUUUGUUGAGGACGAGGAGACCUGAUGAUCCGGAUGUAUGGCCGUUUAUGCUGUUGCUGCAGAGUAAUCCGAGCAGUGAGGGGUAUAAUCUCCUACCUCUCUUCGCGCUACUGGAAAUUGUGGUAAGGGAUUCGGCGCGAUUUGUGGGGGAGAUCGGGGAGGAGGUUUUGAGACUUUCGUAUCUCUCGAAAGCCAACUCUUCUAUCGCGCUGAUCUCACAUCUCGCACACCUCGAUACGUCGAGGGAAUCUGCGAUUGCGUCGUUGAAUCACGUUCACGCCGUGAUUCGAUCGCUUCAGAAUGUUGUUGUAGCCCGUCAACGAGCCAGGGAGAAUAACGCGGCACCGAGUAUCGUCGCGGAGUUCCUGAAAGAGAAGAUUGUUGAUGUGGAGUUUCUGAUUGAGCAGCUUGAAGAGGGACUAAGGGAGCGUAUCAGAGGGGAAAGUGUGUUGAUGAAGGAGGGAAGGAUGUUGGUGCAGUGCCAGCAGGUUAGUUUGGUGAGUUGGGUUUUGGUGGGAUGGGUGCCUGUUAGUUUGGUUCUUGGUAUCAUGGCGAUGAAUAUCACGAAUCCAAGUUCGUUGUUCACGUCGAUUUCCGAGACUGGAACUGGAACUGAGCUUCCGCCCCUUUUAAAUCGCCAAACAUCACUCCCAACACAAACACCUUCGGCAGUCCACCCAGCUAUCUCCAACCUCACAAACCAAACACUCCAGCAAUCAUUCAAUCACUCACCAACAUACAUUUUCCCCUUCCCACUCUUCCUAACCCUCCUCCUCAUCCUCCCACCCCUAACCCUCUUCACCACCUACACCCUCCCUUCAACCCUCCGUCUCCUCCUCCGCUCCACCCACACCCUCCGAAACUCACACUUCUUUACACCUCUCGCAUUCCUCACCUACUACGGCUUUACAUUCUGGGUUCUCCCCAUCGUCCUCUCCACGAAUUCGAGUCCACGACUUUUCCUUCCUUCUCUCGUUCACGCGGGCGAGAAUCCGAUUUCCGUACCCUCCUUUUUCGUUUCCGCGUUCGUCACGGCAAUUAUCUGUAUGAGUAACUUAUCGAUCGCGCUGCGGCGUGGGCUGGUCUCGAAGGUGCUGCUUUGGAUUGUGUUUGGAGGGUUGGCGGUUGGGAGUUAUGGCGUUGAUUUCUUUAGUAGUUGGGAACGGGGCGUGGAUGUACGAUUAGCGACGGGUUUGGGGUUGAGCGGGGUGGUGCCGAAUUUGUUUUUAUUAGGCGUAUGGACGGUGCCGAGGGGGUGUAAGAUGAUUUCGAGUUGUGGAAGGAGACGUUCAAAAAACGGAGGCAAGGGUGUAAGAUACGAGAGCGGGGAAAGAAAGGGGAUACUUAAGAACAAAAUGUUGAAUGUUUAA